AUGUUCUUCUCCGUCUCAAAGGCAUUCACCCUUGUUGCUGCUGCUGCCGCAGUAGUCGCCUCGCCUGUGGCAAGGAGUAGGAGGGAUUUGUCGACGAUUAGCAGUGUUUCUCCCAUCUCAUUCAACUUGUGGGGUGGUAUCCAGUCCCUGGCUGGCUUCGAUAAUUUCUUCGGUCUCGGAAACUUUAACGGUUUCAACAACCAACAAAUUAUCGUUGUAAACCAGCAGCCCGUUUGCCAAGUGCAGCAGCUGCUCAUCGUCCAACAACAACUCGCAAUCAUCCAGGAGUUCUCGAAGCAACUAAUCCUGUCGUCCAUCUGCGACGUUGAGACCCAGGUCCUCAUCCUCGAGCAGUUCCGUGGUGGUCUCCGCAACUUCCGCGGCGACUUGAGGCGCAUUACCGGCCGCAACGCUGGUUUCGACGCCAACAUCGCCCUGCUCUUCUCCCAGCUCCUCAACCAGGACGGCUCGAUCAACUUCAAGAACUUCGGCUUCAACGGCUUGGACAUCGGCAAGCAACUCGUUGUCCCCAGUGGCUUCAACUGGGUCGACAACAGGACCCCCCAGAACAUCGACGAGAUCCUGCGCAUCCUUGCUCCGCAAAGCAGCAGCGUGCAGGUCCCCGUUCAGGGCAACAUCAAUGUCACCUCUUCCGAGUCCGCUUCUGAGUCCUCUUCCGCCGAGGCCUCUUCCGAAUCUUCUGCUUAA